AUGUCUGCUCCCAAGGGUCCCUUCCGUCUUGUCACCGUCAACACUGCGCCUGAGCGCGCCAAGCGCCUCAUCGGCCGCGUUGCGGAGAGCUUGAAGGACCGUUACACUAUCAUCCACGUCGAUAACUGCGACGCAAUCGACCAGGUCGAGGACAAGGUCAAGGAGCACCAGCCCGAUGUUCUGUUCAGUGCCUCCAUGUGGACCGACGAGGAGGCCAAGCAGAUCCACGACAUCGCCCGCUCGAUCGUCCCCAACAUCAAGCUGCACGCUAUCCCUACCGGUCUCCAGGUCGAGCGUGGCCCCGAUGCCAUCGUGGAGUACCUCUGCGAGAAGGUCCCCCCGCUGCUGGACAGCUAG